AGGCAUGAUUCACAUCCCGUUCUGUUCUUGCUAAUGACCAAAUAAAGAACUUAAGAAAGGCCGUGUCUUAAAACUCCGUGAACUCUUAAUCUAGACAGCAUUUAAUAGCCUAGGUAGAUCACACUUUGGGCUUCUUAGGCGCUUUUGGUCUCGUCCUUCAUAGGAACGCUAUUUUAAUCACGAGCUUAAUUUCCAAUGAAAGGAUGUUACGCGGGUGUCUCAGAAUUGAAGUUCUCGUUUACAUAUCAUGUGAUUCGGAUCUUACCGAAACGGGGGAGCACCGCUGUGUGACGAAAGAAACUGAAACGUGCAGUUGCUCGUGUCCCACUCUCUCAUAAAACCCACGACUGCCGAAUGAGUUUUAGUAGAAGUGUUCAACACACAUUAGCGACAUCUGACUGAGAAACAAGCGCUGCAAAACUAAACAGGCUUCCCAGAAAACAUUUCACUGCAAGAAGAGAAAGACCAAAAGCUCAAAACACUCCAAGUCUUCGCUUUCACAACAGGGAGCAAGAUGGAGAAGAUGAAAGACAGUAAUAAGGGGAAGCAGGUAACGUGUUGCCUCAUUUUCUGCGUGUCCACGGCUGUGAUUGGCUCACUGCAGUUCGGCUACAACACAGGAGUCAUCAAUGCACCUGAUAAGAAAAUAAAGGACUUCUUCAGAAAUGUGACUCUGGUGCGCACUGGAGAGCCCAUGCACGCUUCCACUGUUACGACUGUGUGGAGUAUUGCUGUUGCUAUUUUCAGUGUGGGGGGCAUGAUCGGGUCUCUCUGUGUUGGUGCUUUGGUUAACAAGUUUGGGAGACGGAAGUCCAUGCUGCUGUCCAACAUCCUGGCUCUGAUUGGUGGAGGGCUGAUGGGUUUAUCCAACAUGUGCACCUCCUAUGAGAUGAUGAUAUUGGGUCGUCUGGUGAUUGGUGUGUUCUGUGGUCUGUGUACUGGGCUGACACCCAUGUAUGUGGGUGAAAUUGCUCCAACAGCACUGCGAGGAGCUUUUGGUACACUUCACCAACUUGGGGUGGUCAUUGGCAUCCUGGUAGCACAGAUCUUUGGUCUGGAGUCAUUGCUGGGGUCUCAGGAUUUGUGGCCAUUAUUGCUGGCUUUGACUGUCCUGCCUGCAGUGCUACAAAGUGUUAUGGUGUUUUUCUGUCCAGAGAGCCCUCGCUACUUGCUCAUCAAUCUGAACCAGGAGGAGGAGGCACGCCAAGUGCUGAUGCGUCUUCGCGGGCAUUCAGAUGUGGAGGAUGACAUUCGUGAGAUGAAGGAAGAGGCCACGAAGAUGGCCAUGGAGAAGAAGGUGUCGAUUCCAGAGCUGUUCCGUAACCCCGCCUACCGACAACCCAUUAUUGUCUCCAUAAUCUUGCAGCUAUCCCAGCAACUGUCCGGCAUCAAUGCUGUAUUUUAUUAUUCAACAGAGAUCUUCAGGACUGCAGGCAUCACUGGCCCUGUCUUUGUCACUAUUGGGGCGGGUGCAGUCAACACUGUCUUCACCGUAGUUUCUCUCUUCCUGGUGGAGAGGGCAGGGAGAAGAACUCUUCAUAUGAUUGGACUGGCUGGAAUGGCUGCCUGCGCUCUGCUCAUGACCAUUUCUCUUAAACUUGUGAACCCUGUAGGACCCGCAAUGGAAAACGGUACUAGACUGCUUCAGAAUAGCACUGCUGUCAUAACAUCUGAAGGGGGAACUUCAGCGAUCAGCAUUCUAGCCAUUGCAUCAGUGUUUGGAUUUGUGGCUAGUUUUGAGAUGGGACCAGGACCAAUCCCAUGGUUCAUAGUGGCAGAGUUAUUUGCUCAGGGUCCCCGGCCGGCGGCCAUCGCUGUGGCGGGAUGCUCCAACUGGACUGCCAACUUUCUUGUUGGACUGCUUUUCCCACAAUUACUGAAACUGUGUGGUCCGUACGUAUUCAUCAUAUUCUUCAUCUUCCUCAUCCUCUUCUUCGUGUUUACGUACUUCCGUGUUCCUGAGACCAAGGGUCGCACCUUUGAAGAUAUUGCCAGUGGAUUUGCCAAUGCUGCAGGCUUUAAUGCUGCAAACUACUCUUCCCCAGAGGGUGUGGUCACUCUGCCAGUAACCCCGUCAUCAGAGAAGUUUCAGAUGACUGAGUUACCAGGACAGGUGACAGGAAAAAGUGGAAUAAACCCAUAGAGAAAAUAUACACAAGAUACACCUGACCUACAACACAGAGUAGAGAACAGAGGCAGCUAAAUAAUAGGCAUUGUUAAAAAAAUAAAAAAUAAAAAAUAAAAAAAAACUGUAGCUCCAUAAGGGACAAAAUAGUGUAAAAUACUGGGUAAUUAUCAUAUCAAGCAGAUCAUGUAGAUCAGCGUUCCCAGACCAUGGGGUACGCAGCCUUGGGGGUGCACAGAAUUAACUUAUGUUGUCUGCAAUUGUGCAAAAUUUAUCUCGUUACAGAUUUGUCUAUAUCUUGAUAUACUUGACUCUUGAUGUGGCACAACAGUGAUUUAUUGAUAAAUAACAUUUUACAUUUCAAGAGUUACAGAUUAUAAUAGCCAGUAAUAGCCAUUAUAAUAAUAGCACUUCUCAAAAUUGAGCUGAUACGUACUUGAUUUGCCUACCGGAAAAACAGACCUAAUCUCACGUAAACAUGCAGGCCCAUCCAUCUUACUGGGAAGAGGGAAAGCAGCAAUACAAUUUUUUAUAUGUGUAUCAAUAUUUUGGGAUUUUGUUUUUUGUUUUUUUAUCAAUAAGCGAUUUUCUUUUUCAUGUACAGGUUGCAUUUGGUUAUCCUAGGUAAAAAUGUGAUUAUAUCUCUGGCUAUUUCUAAGUUUGGGAUGAAAUAGGUUGAUGGGGGUUUGAACAUUGUUUAUGGGUGUGUUUGAACGUUGUCAAGUAUAAGAAGAGGGUGCACGGCCUAAAAAGUUUGGGAACCACUGACACUGAUGGUAAUAAACACCAAACAGGGUAUAAGAAAUAUUCAUUACAGUAAUACAUAUAUUUCAGCAUAAACUUUUAAUGACAGUUAUAAAUUCUUUAUGAACGCAUAACAAGUAUUCAUGGCACUCAAUUAAGUCAUGGCUAUUUGAGCUAAGUACAAGGAAUCUAUCAGGAUUUGUUUCUCUAUGUCUCAAGUGUAUACUUUUUUACAUAUUUAUUACACAUUUGUGUUGGUUAAAGAGGCCUUAAAACAAUUUGCUUUGUUAAUUUAGUUUUUACUAAAUGUAAACUUUUCAAAUUUAGUUAAAUGUAUAGGUGUGUUGUCAAAUUAGUUUAGUUAUUAAAUAUGUAAAUGAUGUGUAAAGAUUAUACAAAGUACUAAGCACUUGAUCUGAGUUAUGAUUACAACUUCUUGUAUUUAAAUAGUUAACUAUCCCAAUUUUCCAUAUUGCCCAGAAACUUAAAUCAGAUUAACUCUAUAUUGAAAACAAUACUAUGGUUGUUAUUCUCCUGAUCAGACAACUAGAAAUACAGAGUGAUUAUUCAUAUUGUAGAGAAGCACUUGGAAUGCUGUUUGUCUAAUCGGUACCUAGAAGAAUAGUGGAAUGCUUGUUUCAUGUAUUUAUGCUAAACACAUUUCCCCUAAUUUGGUUAUUGGUGAUUUCCGUCAGCAUGCCUCUCAGAAAACAAAGUACCGACCUAACAGUUCCAAAGAUGAAACAACCUAAUCCACUUCUUUAUUUUUAUGUCCCAGUGGCAUGCUCGUAUAUUUGUGUCUGCAAUUCAGGCCUGCAGUUUUAAAGGAUUUGUUGGCUAUAAUCAGCCACGGGCUGUGCAUUUUAAGUCUAGGCCUUCAGUGCGUUUCAUGCCAUUAAGAAAACACAAUUUCACAAUGAAUAAGAUGCUAUCAUACAUUACGUGGCAGUCAACUAAUAAUACCAACUGACAUUUUAAAAACACAUCCACGCACGAAAGCCAGAACUUGAAACGACACUUAAUGCUCAAGCAAGCCUAAUUUUAACUGCAGCAUAACUGUUUUGUGAAAUGUAUGUCAAAAAUCAUAAUUUUUCAUAUGAAUCUACCAAGGAGGUCUAUAAUACCUGGAAAAUAUAUCUAAUAAUAUUUGCGAUUUAAAUGUUGCUUACAAUGAAUUUCAUUUCGUCAGGGUACACGGUAAUGCUGUGUUUCAUUCAAGUUGGAUGUGGGAUAUUCCUACUUGAUAUCUCCGACCACAAAUGCAUUCCAUUCCCCGAUAUUCGGAACUGCAACGCUCCUGUUAGCUUAGCAGGGGUUUGACUCUCAUUAGAGAUGUCUCCUAGCAACCCAACUGAUAAACAAUGCUGCAGCGCUAUCAUUUGUGCUACAGGUGUACAAUUAUCAAAAGAGAUUUAAUGAUUUAUACACCUGUUUCUUCAGGCAUUUGUUAAACAAGCUUUAAUAUCAUGUAAUGUGGAAACAAACUCAUUUAUCGAUAUUACUUAAUAAAGUGAAUGUUUAUCAUCACUUACUUUGUAUAUCUCCCUGAGUGUUGACGUGUUUGUGUGACAUCAUGCCCCUGCAUCUCGGCGAAAUCGGAGUUGAGAAUUUCUGCACGAGCCUACAAGUUGUAAUUCUGACUUCAAGAUGCAUUUCAUUGCACUUUUCCUAGUAAGAAGUUGUAAAAUCCGACUUUCAGAGUUAAAUGGAACGCAGCACUUCUUUUCAAAACUUGAUCCGACACUGAAUGCUCAAGCAGCCUAAUUUACACUUAGAAAACUCCUGAUGUUGCUAUAACAAUGCAUAAAGCACUUACCAAUUUACUUGAAGUGAAAAUCAGUCCUCCUUUCCUGUUUAAUAAAUUAAGCAAUCACACGAUCAUGCAGAACAUCUCGUGUUUUUAAAUCCAUAAGGAUCUCUUUCUCAAUGGCGAUAGUGGCAGUGACAGUCGACUCGUCAGCAAGAUCUCACGCUCUUCACUUUCAAAUUAUGUCACUUAAAGCGUGAUUGCAUCACUCAAGGCCAGCUAAAAGUCCUUGACUGGGACAUAUCCUAAAGAUCACACCCACCAAGAACAAAUACAUCAAUCUGAUUGGCUGAUGAAUCUGACAGUCUGACUUUAGUUGCUCAUUCAUUUGCACUGUUGAGGGAUUCUGUUGAAAUUCUGAAGGCCUGAGGGGGUGGAGCUCAGACUCACACGCUGCUUCUGCUAACGAGCUCGGCUUUGGGCAUGUGUUAUUUGAAACAGUUGUCAGGCUUCGCUUGUAAGCAAAGGAAUAAAUUCUGACUGGAUAAACAUUUUUCUCUAUUAAUUAAGAGUGGAAAGCGAUUAAAAAUGCGUAGGCAAAAAGGAGAUUGAGAAUGAAAGGAUGAAAAAUAUUUAUUUAUUUAUUUGGCAUGUUAGGCCAGCAGAAAAGGCUUUGCUGGCCCUGAGAAUUUGCCACUGGCUGUAAUGCAUAUCUGUGGAUUUUGUGGGCUGAGAUUAGUUUAAAUUAUUAUUAUUAUGUGUAAUAGUAACAAAGACACAGAGAAACUCUAAAGCACUUUAGAAAAUGGGCCAAAUAUUAAAAGAUGAAAACCUCAAGAGCCCCUAAACAAACUGAUGUUGAAGCCCUUACGCCACUGUUCUUUUAGCCUAAUAUGUGCAGUUGUGUACUGGUGUGUUGUUGUAAAACCAGUUUAUAUCAGUUAAUACUGGUUCCAAACGUCCUGCUGAAGGUAUGAAGUAUCUGUGUUUAAAUAGUGUUAUAAGUCACUGAAGUAUUUCUCAUGACAGUUACUCGAAAUCACUGAAUGAACACUACUGAUGCAAGAUCACAUAAAUGUCAAUCAUGAAAGCCCAGAGAUCACAAGCAAACAUUUAUUGUUUAACAUGUCCAAUACAGUGCAUGUGCAGACUAAAUUAUGGGUUACUUAAUUCUAAAUAAUUAAGUCAGGUAUUCAGCUUUUGGUGUAGUUAAGGACAUCACUGUGUAAGUAUCGCUAUGUACACCGUGUAAAUAUUGUCUUUUUUUUUUUUUUUUUUUUAUAACUGCAUUUUGUUACAGUCUGACUAGCUGAUUGAGCUUGUUUCUGGAAUUUUACCAAGUGCGCACCAAAGAUGUUUUCUUGUUUUUGUGUUAUUAAUAUAUAUUAUAUUUAUAUGUUUUAUUAUAUUUGUAGCUUUUAUAAUGCCAUUUUUUUUUUUUUUUUUUUUUUUUUUUACUUU